CUCGGAGUGCGCAGGCGCGGCGCACCGAGUGGACAUUUUGGUCUUUGUCCGCGGGUCAGUACGGCCCUCGGGUCCACGUGGCGCGAAAGUAGGAGGGCUGCUUCCUUGUGCACUCCUGGAAACUGCACCUUCCUAGUCAGAGGGCUUGCAGGCCCCAGGACUCAGCCUGAGCUCUAGGAUGGUGCUUUGGCACCAGCAUUAAUGUUGUAGUACUGUGUCAUACUACCGCAGUAGAGGUUGUAACGUGACCAAAUUGUACAUGAAAGAAAGAAGUGGAAAGCACGUGUGUCCAGGUCAUAUCCAUGGAGGAGACUUAUAUUUAUAAGAAAUGUGGAAAUAUCUUCAGCUAAAAGUAGAUCUUCGUUCAUCAAAAAAUUAUUAUUGGAGAGAAAUCUUGUGAAUGUGGGAAAGCUUCUAUUCAGAUGUCACGCAGCAGUCAGCAGAGAAUUUAUAGUGGGGAAAACCCCUUUUCCUGUAAGGUAUGUGGGAAAGUCUUCAGCCACAAAUCAAAUCUCACUGAGCAUGAACAUUUUCAUACUAGAGAGAAGCCUUUUGAGUGUAAUGAAUGUGGGAAAGCCUUUAGCCAAAAGCAGUAUGUCAUUAAACAUCAAAACACCCAUACUGGAGAGAAGCUUUUUGAAUGUAAUGAUUGUGGGAAAUCCUUUAGCCAGAAGGAAAACCUCCUUACCCAUCAGAAAAUUCACACUGGAGAGAAACCUUUUGAGUGUAAAGAUUGUGGAAAAGCUUUUAUUCAGAAGUCCAACCUCAUCAGACACCAGAGAACUCACACGGGAGAAAAGCCCUUUGUUUGUAAGGAGUGUGGGAAAACCUUUAGUGGCAAAUCAAACCUUACUGAGCAUGAGAAAAUUCAUAUUGGAGAGAAACCCUUUAAAUGUAAUGAAUGUGGAACAGCUUUUGGCCAGAAGAAGUACCUCAUAAAACAUCAGAACAUUCACACUGGAGAAAAACCCUAUGAAUGUAAUGAAUGUGGAAAAGCCUUCUCUCAACGAACGUCACUGAUUGUGCAUGUGAGAAUUCAUUCAGGUGAUAAGCCUUAUGAAUGCAAUGUUUGUGGAAAAGCCUUCUCUCAGAGUUCAUCUCUUACUGUACAUGUGAGAAGCCAUACAGGUGAGAAACCCUAUGGCUGCAAUGAAUGUGGGAAAGCUUUCUCUCAGUUCUCAACCCUUGCUCUGCAUUUGAGAAUCCACACAGGUAAGAAGCCUUAUCAGUGUAGUGAGUGUGGGAAAGCUUUCAGCCAGAAGUCACACCACAUUCGACACCAGAAAAUUCAUACUCAUUAAAGACCCUGUAAAUAUUUUGAAAAUUCACCAGGAAUUUGAAAUACAAAUGAAAUAAACU